AUGCCUCGAUGCAUUGAGUGUGGGUUCGAUAUUGCGCGAAUUGUCCAUCCGGAGACAGAGAUGGUGGAAAAAUGUCCAACGUGUGGUCGCUGCUGCGACAAAUACUAUGAGUUUGCUUGUGUUCAGAAGUGGAUAGAUGUUGCUAUUUUGGAAAGACGUGCUUGGAUUCAUGUAGUCUUUAAUCAAACAAAUAUUUUACCAUCACUUUUACUUGCGGCAUUGAUUUCAUGCUUGGUUGAGGCUUACGUGGUGCGGACCACAUCAGUAUACGCUCUCUUGCAACGCAAGAGUGUUUACUUAGAAAAAUCUAUAAUCGAGAACACAAGUACAUUGGAAAGUCUUCAAAUUGUGAGAAAUCUUCGGCCAGACAUGAUUCCUCUAAUGAUGUACUGGAGCACUUGGCCUGCACUAUUUUUAUACGCGUGUACGGAAUAUUUGCUUUCUCUAGUAGCUGCUAUUUGGCUCGGGGUACAGUUAAAACGCGGUGUUGACGGCGGGGAAGAUGAUGCAGUGAUGAUAACAUGGGCAAAAUCUGUAAGUCUUGCCCAUACUGCAAAACUAGGAUACCUGCUCUUCUUGGUAUGGCGUAUCCCUAUCCCUCUGGUGGUGGUGGUGGACUUUGUUUUUCUCCUUUGGACGAUACGAGGAUUUAGUAUUACAGCCAAUCAUACUACUCGUUUUUUCGCCUUCAUUGCGGUAUCAGUUUGCCUUUUAACCCGUGUUAUUUUCCGUCAUGUCACAGGGUGGAGCCCACAACUUAUAUUCUAA